AUGGGCGGCGCUGCAUCUGUCGAUUGCGCGUCAAACUCGAACUACAGAUAUGGGGAGGCUCCGGAGGUUCAGGGCGACAAGGUAAAUGACGACACAUCCUGGAUCGGCACGAAAUUAGACAUGCCACCAAAGCCUUUUAGUGUGGAAAAUUACUUUGAGUUGCUGGACAUUGUUGGCACCGGUAUGCUUGGAAAGGUGCGUCUGGUUCGGCACAAGCGUUCUAGCCUUUACUACGUCCUCAAGUCAGUCAAGAAGAAAGAUGUGAUUGCAAAAAAGAUGAUCCCGCAACUUGAAGCCGAGCGAGACGCGAUGGAACAGAUGACCGCAAUUCGACAUCCCUUCUCGGUCCUGUUCUUCGGGAGCUUGGCCACGUCUUCACAUGUGCAUUUUCUGCUUGAGUAUAUCCCAGGUGGAGAGCUUUUCCAUCGACUCCAUGCAGUUGGACGUCUAUCCAACGACGAAGCAAAAUUCUACGCUACAGAGCUCGUCGUAUUCAUUGAAGCGUGUCAUACGAACCACUUCAUGUAUCGCGAUCUAAAGCCUGAGAAUAUUUUGCUAGACGCUAGUGGACAUCUUAAGAUCGUGGAUUUCGGAUUCGUCAAGCGACUUCACAGUCCGAACGAGCGAACCUCGUCCAGUGUGGGGACGCCGGAGUACUUGGCACCGGAGCAACUCACAGUAUCUCACCAAGCACGUAAUUAUUCUCGCAUAGUAGACUGGUGGGCGUUCGCAUGCGUCGUGUACGAAAUGGUGAUUGGGUCGCCUCCAUUUACGUCGCGAAAGAAUGAGUCGCACUUUGAAUUGUACACCCGCAUCCUGUCGGGCAAAAUUUACUGGCCGAGGUUCAUGCAAAGCACUUUGAAGGAUCUACUUCGCAAUAUGCUGCAGAGUGAUCCAGGUAAGAGGUUAAGCGAGGUCGACGCCAUCAAGCAACAUGCAUGGUUCGAGAAUGUAGACUGGGACGCCGUCCCGCUGAAGCAGGUACCAGCCCCGUUCGUGCCGACCUUGGCGUGUGCGGGCGACACAACCAAUUUCGACGACUACCCCAGCUCCAGCGAGGAGACUCCACGGCUGGAUAACGACGCGUCCAGGCAUGAAUUCCUCAACUUUUGA